UGCGCACGAGCCACAAGAGUCGGCUUGCGGCGGCGCAUCCAGUCUAGUACCCUCAUCGUCUGUGCUUAGUGUACACACCGGUGCGCGGAUUUUCCGCCGAGAGCUAAUUGCAUUUCGCUUAAAAUCUUGCGACUUAUUUCGUGAGGAUUUGGUGAUCGUCCGAGUGACAUCGUCGCUGCGCCGAGUCGCCGCCUCAGUAAAAAAAACUCGCACGUCCGUCACUGCAUCGCGAGCUCGUUUGCGGCAUUUUUUGCUGGCUGCAACGAAACCAGAUACCGUAUUGGCGUACAUGGAAGCAGCGCGUAUAUAUAGAUAUAUGCGCGCGCGAAGCAUAUAACUGUUUCCCGUGCAUCAAAGUGGCGCGUCGUCGGCAGCUCCUAGAGCGCGCGCGGACUCUCGUCGUCGUGUGUUGGCGGGGCUCAGUUUAGGAGUAGGAAAAGUGGCUCCAUUGCUCGCGGAUUCGCCUGCACGUGUUAACCGCGAAACAGACUAACUCGCCAUACUGUCGGGCAACGCUGAUUGUAUAUGUACAUACAAUCCUUUUGUGAGAGACUAUCGUGACUUUGACUGUUGUGUGCGCACACAUAUUAUAUACACAUGUAUAUAUAAGCUUGACCGGCGAAUUUGUGCGGGACGCGCGUUAUGCUCAUUUAGCGCGCGCUGAGCUUGCGAUAACGAGUCGAACCUACGAUUCUUGCCACCGCCGUACCAAGAAACAUGUUCUCGGAAUCCAAGUAAUUAAAAAGUGCUACGAGCUUGAUUGAUCAAUUAAUGCUAGUCUCGUUGGUGAAUCUAUUCAGCUUAGGCGUAUGUAACAUACGCAUCAAAGACGUAUACAACAGUCGCGGCAAGUGGCUGCGAUUCCGCGCGCUAUUUUCGUGCUCUGCUACUAAAUACUGCUAUCGCGUGCUGGGGCAGAAGGCCGCACGCCAGAGUUAGGUUAGCUGCAUCCCAAGUGCCGCUACUGGCCGGAGUGUGGACGACGCUUUCAAAAAACAUGCUCAGUAUCGCCCAAGCAGUUCAUCCCGAAAGUCAAGGUUCGACACCAGGUCAACGUUCGGCCUUGCCCCGUUCUUGGUCACCGUCGCCGGAAAGAAAAAAUGCCGCAAAGCGCCAGAAAACAUCAGAAUCCGACAACUGCGCCUCCACGGAAGACAAUUAUUCGUUUAAAAAAAUUUCAGAAUUCAACUAUAACAACCCAGAAAUCACUUUGACAGUAAUACCCAAGAAUUUAUCUGUUUCUCGAAAACAAGAAGACAAAAUGGUUGCAGAGGAAUACGUAAAUACUUUACCAGAAAAUGUACCACCCGUAGUUAUGUCAUUCUUUGAAAAAUCUAAUGAGAUUCAACUUACCAAAGUUGACUCAAAACCCUGUGUUAGGUUUAUUAAACAGGUUGACUCUAACGAGCAAUAUGAUAAAGAUUCUGAGUCUGUUGAAAGCACAGAAUCCACAGAUGUAAUAUACAAUAGAAAAGAACUAAAUGAAGUAACGAUUGAGCCUAUAGCUGCUAAAAUUGCUAAAGCUGAGAAACUGUUGCAAAAAAAAGAACCGAAUCCUAUCAUAGAGAGCUUGGGUCUUCUUCCUACAAACAAACAAAGCCAACCACAAAUUGUUGAAGAACCUUUUGAAACUAAAAUUGAAGAAAUACCUACAGAUAAUUUCAUAACUGAUGAGCCAGAAAUCGAAGCAAUAACUUGUUUGAAAUCAAAUGGCUCAAUAUUUGAUGAAGAACCAGAAAAUCAACCAGCUUUGGCCCUUGUACAAUAUGAUCCAUUUAUGAACGUUGGAAUGUUUUGUGAUGAGUUUUACAUUGCUGAUGAUAAGCCACACUAUGCUACAGGCUUUCCUAAUCCACCUGGAGAAAAUCGUUGUUGGAUUAAUUCGAUGUUGCAAGUUUUUUUUGCCUUACCGAUAAUGGAAGAGUUACAACAUUUGCAUGCACUAAGAAAAUCAAAACUAAUUUCUUUAUUAUUUGAUAUACAUACAUGCUGGGUGAAGAGUUCCACUGACACCAAUCAAUUUGAUCAAACUUUUCGCGCAUUCAAAGAUGAAACAAUAGUACUUGAUAAAUUUUACCCAUCUAAAAUACAGCAAGAUGUAUCAGAAUUUUAUAUGAAUUUAGUGAAUCACAUGAAAGGAGAAUAUAAAUCCUUAAUUUCUCAAGAAUCAAAACAUGAAAUUGAAAAUAUACCAAAUAAUGAUCAAGAUGCUCUUCGAAGGAUGCAGAAUAAUUGUCAAGAUUUCAACAAGAGACUUCCAUUAGCAGAUAUUUCAGAUUCUCCUCGUAAGCUAAGAAAUCAUCAACAAUCUAAUUCAAGUCAACAAGAUAAAACUGAUUUAAGUUCUAAAAUUUCAUCAAAUUUGUUUGAUGAGCAUUUUUUAUUAGAUAUGACAGAAAAUUAUGUCUGUGAAGGUUGCAAAAAACAAAGACAACGAAAAGCAGACAAUUUAGUGCUGUUAAUUGAUUUACCUCAUGAAAAUGAAAAUAAUCCGGUUCCUUUAGCUGAUAUAAUCAACAAGUCAUAUGCUUUGGAACAUAGAUCAAUGUCAUGUGAGUCAUGCAAUCAUGAUACACAUAGUAUGCAAGUUAAACUAAAAGAAAUUCCCAAAUUACUUACAAUUCAAAUUAAGCGAUAUGAUAUGGCACCAGAAGGAGUAACUAAGAAUGUCACAUUAAUUGAUGUUCCAAGAGUGCUUGAACUUGAUUCUUUAAUUAUCUACAAUUCUGAAGAAUUUGCCGAAUGCCCUACAUAUGAGGCAGUUGGUAUAAUAUCUCACAUUGGAGAUAACGUGGAUUCAGGACAUUACAUUAGUUUUGUUCGACACGAAUCUAAUUGGUUUUACUAUGAUGACAGCAAUGUGAAAAUUUUGACAGAAGAAGAAGUAUUCAAACUUAUACAAAACAAUGCAUAUGUUGUUUUCUACAAAGUAGCUGAUCUGGAUCAAGAAAUAAUCGAAGAAUCAUUGGAUAUCAAAGAUGUCAAAGAAUGUGAUGAUUGUUAACAUUAAAAAAAUAUAACCUUGAUAAGGGUUUGUUUUUGGAAAGAAGACAUAUAUGUAUAUCAUAAUAUAAUAGUGUAUAUCAUUUAUGUUUAAUGAUCUGAUAUGAAUGAUACAAAUGAUUUAUUUGUUUUUUUAUCUACGAUAACUCUAUUUUCUUAUUUGUCUCAGGCAUAAGAUUACUGCGUUUCAGAGAUCAGAUAACACUAGAUUUUUAUGUGACAAAAUUAGAAUUUUUUCAGAAGAAACUUAAAUUUAAUAUUUGAUUCAUAAUGUAAUUAUGUAAGUAACUAAAUAAGAUUAAUUAGGAAAAUUACAAGUUCUGUACUAGUAUCCAUUUGCGAUUUCUAAAACAAUAAUAUGUGUAUUUCGAGUCAAAUUUAGUUAUACUUUUUGUAUAAAAUAGUUUUCUUAAACUUUUUUAUAAUGUCGAUUUGAUGAAAUAAUGAAAUAACGAUUUUCUUGAAAGGCUAAUACCAAUUUUUGUGCUAUUGGAAAAAAUCAAGUGUUUUAUAUAAAUUCCACAAGGGACCAUAUUCCUAGAUUUUUAAUCGUAUUUCGGUGAUUAAAAUAUGCGAUUUUUAAUGAAUUGUUUAUAGCCGUCUGUGUACAUAAAAUUAAUGUAAAAUAGUGUUAUAAAUUAAUCUUAUGUGAUCAGUCACAUGUGUAUCAUAUAUUUCAGUGUGAAGAGAAUGGCAUUAGAUAGAAAUUUUAUUUGUAUAAAUGGUGUUAAAUAACUAAAUGUCAAAACUGCCUAGUGUAUGCAGAUCUAUUUGCACAAGAAUCGACGUUAAAAAUAUCUGUAUCUUUAAAUGUUAGAUUCUAUAUGGGUGUACCUGAAAUUUUCACCAAAAAAUUAAUGAUAUCAAUGCCGUCUGUUCGUUACAAAGUGUAAGAAAUCAUAUUUAUGAUUAAUUUGAAAUAAACUGAUUUAGCUACAAUUCAGUUUAAAUAUUUUUCGUUGUAUAUUCAAAAAACAAGCAUUUAUGAGAAAUAAAAAUACACGAUGAACGAA